UCCCGUAUAAAAGAAACCUAUCAGAUUCCUUGCAGUCCACAAAGCUUGUCUUCAUUAAUACUGCUCCUCAACAUGAAGAAAAUUGUGUUGAAAGUGGAGUUGUAUGAUGAGAAAGUGAAGCAGAAGGCAAUGAAAGUAGUCUCUGGUCUCUCAGGGGUGGAUUCGAUUGCAAUGGAAAUGAAGGAGAAGAGGUUGACAGUAACCGGAGAUAUAGAUCCGUUCACUAUAGUGGCUAAACUGAGGAAACUGUGUCACACGGAGAUAGUAACCGUUGGACCUGCUGUGGCGGAGAAGAAGAAAGAAGAUAAUGCUGCUGGUCCUGGUAAGAAAGAAGACAAUAAGAAACCUGAUGCAAAGAAAGAAGAAUCCUCGGGAGGCGCCAAGAAGAAAGAAGAACCAAAGAAAGAAGAACCAAAAAAGAAAGAAACACCGAAAAAGGAUGAGAAUAGUUCUCAGCAGGCAGCUGCUAUUAUUCCUUACCAUCAAAUGCCUUAUGGCCCUUGCUAUAACUAUCCCCCGGCUCCUCCACCUGUUUACAAUUAUCCGCCACCACAACAACAAUUGUAUUAUAAUCAGCAAGCGUAUACUUACCAACAAUCUCCAGCACCCGCACAAUACUAUUAUCACAGAAGUGCAGAAGAGGAUCCAAACUCUUGCGUUAUCUGCUAGAACAGAUAAUACCAAGUUUUGCAGAUUAGAUGUUUGCACAGCCUGUAACCUGUAGUGCGAGGGUGCUUAAUUAGAUAAUAAUGUGAUUUCUUUCACUGUUGAACCUUGGAAUGAUUCUGGUAUUACAUCACUUUUACAUUGAAACCUCAAAACAAACUAGAAGUUGGACUAGGUAUAAAGUAUAAGAAAUACACUUUAUCUAUUAAUGUCA